AUGUCAAUGAAUUUUUCCGAAGUCUGCUUGACACAGCAGCAAAUGCGGAUGCACGGGAAUGAAGCGGAGAAAUACCUGCAGCGCUUUGUGUAUCCCUGCAUUGCCGCAUUCGGCAUCACUGGCAACGUGCUCAAUCUUACUGUUUUGCUCAAUCGGUCAAUGCGAAGCAGAUCCAAUAGUUUUCUAGCGGCAUUAGCAAUAGCAGAUAUUGUAUUCUUAUCGUUGCUCAUACCUAACAUUUUGGCCAAUUAUCCAAUAUUUACCUAUAAUUACACAUACCGUUAUUUUUAUUUUCGUAUCAAAAUUCAUCUUUUGUCAUUUGCUAACUGGUCCUCCAGCGCUGCCAUUUGUAGAAGGCUGGUUCAUUCGAAAUUCAAUUAA